AUGCUCGUACUCCUACCCGUCGUACUCUUGGCUUUGGUCUACCCUUUGGCCACCCUCGCCACGCCCGUACCCCUUCCAAUGCCGCUCGCCUUGAUGGCGCCCGACUUUUCUAGCCGAUUUAUGUCACCCAAUCAAGCUCUGAACUCGAUGAACUUGACCAGCUCUGUUUCUGAUUUAGGCGAGAACGCCAACUCGAGCCACCACUUCCGCGACACACCUUCGCAUCAAAGGCGUUCUGUCUACAACAUGGAAGAGCGCAGUCUAAACGCCCUGUCGGACUUGCACGGAUACUACUCCAAAGCGCGAGAUCAUUCAAAUAACCUCAAAUCCUAUGCCGCGCAGUCGGCGUAUCUACAAGAGGCAGAUUUCGCUUUCCAACAAGGAGCGGUAGCCGAGCUUACUGCGUUCGACUCCAGCCUUCUGGGAAUAAAGACCAUCUUGGACCAACUCGGGGCGGAGAAAGGCUUGCUCAAUUAUGAUCGUACCAACGAUCUAGAAACGCUGCUCAAGAACGUCGUCAAUUUCAACAAAGAGACACUAAACGCAGUGGAUGCCCUCGUCUACAAUCUGCCCAUCCUAGGCCCGGUGCUUGGACCUAGUAAGCCCCAGGCCUUACUCUUCUGCCCGGUGUCAAUACUGACCGCUCGAGAUUAUCCAGUCGUGUAUGAGCUCAAGUGCCUUCUCGACGAUGUCCUCAAUGCCGUCGAAAAUCUAACCGAUGCGCUCAUAAACGGACUACAGCCCCUCCUCCAGGCCUUGAUCGGCCAGGCAUCAACGACAGCAUGUAGGUCAGGGGUGGAACUCCUCGGCUUGUGCAUUUGA